AUGUCUAGCAACGUACAAAAACCAGAAUCCGAGUGGAGAGCAAUCCUUUCUCCUGAGCAGUUUCGAGUUCUACGUCAAAAGGGCACCGAGAGACCAGACACUGGCGAAUACAACAAGCAUACGGCUCAAGGAAUUUAUACCUGUGCUGGGUGUGGUACGCCCCUGUAUCAGAGCACGACCAAAUUUGAUAGCGGAUGCGGUUGGCCGGCCUUCUUCGAUGCCAUUCCUGGUGCUGUAUCUCGACAUGAGGAUAGGUCUCUCGGAACCAUCCGCACUGAAAUUACCUGCACUGCGUGUGGCGGACAUCUUGGACACGUCUUCAAAGGCGAAGGUUUCCCCACUCCAACGGAUGAAAGACACUGCGUUAAUUCUGUGUCGCUUAAGUUUGCCGAUGAGUGA